CGAAAAUCAAUAAUGCUUGUAAACAAGUAUGUAAGGAAACAAUUCGCGUAUUUAGCGUUUUUUACAACGCAAGUAAUGUAUAGUGCGUCUAUUGCUUUAUAAUAUAUAAUAUAUCGUUGUAAAAUAUAGUACAAACUAAUGGCAAUCAUGGAUACCGCAAAUGUUGGAUAUUCUUACCAUCUGCCUACAGGCGGAUGGAACUACAAAAUACGCAAUACGCUGUCACAAUUCAGUGAUCUAUUUAGCGAGUUUAAUAAGUAUAUUGCACCUGCAUAUCACCACGACCGCUGUGAAAGAUCUGUCCAAAUGAGGAUUUAUUCGAUGCACAAAGGGGAAUUCGUGAUGGUUUUUAUAGCAUUUUUUGCUUGCUUCGGUCUGGGUGUAUUUAUAGGAUUAGCAGGUCCGUCCCCAACGUCCACUACGUCGGUGUCCGCCACGAGCGUGGUCACCAACUCCAGCGAGAUAUUCCGCGGGCCCUUCCGCCUGCGGAGCCCGGCGCUCGGGGCGCGCGUGCAACAACUCUGGCUGCUCGCCGAGAUACUCACCGACAACAACGAUGAAGAGAUAUUUGAUAAGAGUUUUCAAAUAAGUAUAUCAAUAGACGGCGUGCUCAGUGAUCACACCAACAUUAAUCUUAUACCAGAGUCGGAGGCUACUAAUAGGACCCAACAUUUAAAAUGCAAGAAACAAGUUUGUGAAGAAGUGAUGGUUUUACACCUAGGUUCCUUAGAGUAUACACAUUACAUUCUUAAUAUGAAAUUCUACGGAUUAAAAGAGUUUCAUAAGCGAUACUACAUACGAGAAAUUGUGUUUUAUUUUAAAACCUACAACCCAGCGUUCACUCAGAUGGAGACGUGGUUCCGUUUCAUAUUUCUUCUCACGACGUUCACAGUAGCCUGUUGGUUCGCCCACACGCUAAGAAAGUAUUCCACGCAAGAUUGGGCCAUCGAACAGAAAUGGCUCUCUAUAUUAUUGCCAUUACUAUUACUUUAUAAUGAUCCAAUAUUUCCUCUACGCUUAGUAUCUGGAGGAUGUUUCGCGCCUCUGCUGGAUACAAUUUUCCAAACGACAUUCCUGGCAUGCGUACUGCUGUCUUGGCUCGCACUUUAUCACGGCCUAAGACAAAAUGAAAGAGGUUUUGUAUCGUUCUACCUGUUCAAAGUGAUCGUGGUAGGACUCAUGUGGGUGCCCGCCAUGGUGGUGGCGGUAUGGCAGAAGUAUUACGCGUACUAUGACCCCACAUUCAACUAUUAUAUGAAUCCUAAUUACCCUGUAGUAAAAAUCAUGUUCUUCGUUGCUGUUACAUUAUACUUCCUAUAUUUGCUCGUACUUAUUAUUAAAGCCUAUAGUGAUUUAAGAAACAUGCCAUUUUUUGACAUCAGACUGCGAUGCCUAUCGAUAAUAGUUGGUACAGUCACGUUUAUUACUACGAUACUGGCGCUCCACUCUUGGGGACCGGCCGCCUUGCAGGACCACUGGGCUUCCCAGCCGAAAGUGCAUUACGACACUUCCGCGCCGUUCAUGGCUUUAUACGGCCUUUUUAACUUCAAGAUGUAUAUAUUAGCUUACUUAUUCUCCCCCGGAAGUGGUUCUAUCCAUGAAACUGCUAUUACCAAAGAUAAUCCAGCUUUUUCUAUGAUCAACGACUCAGAUGAAGAAGUUAUCUAUGGCUCUGAUGAAGAAAGUAGACGUCCUCUUAAUUCGCAUUCUCAUAGAGCGAACAGUGAAGAUAUAUGA